AUGGAUAGUAACAUUAUAACGGGAACAUACACUUUCCUUAUUAUUUGGUUUGUGUCCUGUAUUUUAUUUUGCGUAUUUUUUGCAAGAAAUGGAAAGAUAGCAUUGAAAGACAUGUUUAAAUUAAUAAUUACACUGGUUUCCAUAGCCGUGUUUUGUUUGUGGAUAUUCUGGCUAUGUGUUUAUAUAUCGCAACUAAACCCAAUGAUAUUCCCCCAACGGAAAAUCAUUAAUGGAUAG